UCGGCAAUCGGGAAGAUAAGCUUCAAAGGCAAUCUAUUCGCUUCGGUUCCCCUACGGUGUGUUCUUUCCAACGAAGGGAUGGCCGCGGCUCUCCAGAGCUCCAUCUCCACCUCCUUCGCCUUCUCGUCCCUUCGUGGCCUCCCGAGCUCCUUUCUCUCGAUACCUCGAAGUCCAUUCUUCGGCCUAUCCACCGCCAAACCUCUCCCUUCUUGGACUUCCCUGAGCUGGAAGAGCAGCAGCAGCAGCAGCAGCGUUAGGAGGUUGGUUUCCAAAUCCCCCGCCGCGAAGUACAUCAGAGAAGAUUAUCUUGUGAAGAAGGUGUCGGCGAAGGAGGUGCAGGAUUUGGUGAAUGGGGAGAGGAACGUCCCGCUUAUUGUGGAUUUCUAUGCUACAUGGUGCGGUCCUUGUAUUAUAAUGGCCCAGCAGCUCGAAAUGCUUGCUGUGGAGUAUGAGAGCAAUGCACUGUUUGUCAAGGUGGACACUGAUGAUGAAUAUGAAUUUGCACAAAAUAUGCAGGUUCGCGGACUACCAACACUGUAUUUUAUCAGCCCAGAUCCAAACAAGAAUGCUAUUCGAACUGAGGGGCUUGUCCCAUCAGAGAUGAUUAAAAACAUCAUUGAUAAUGAAAUGUGAGGACAUCUUGAAGGUCUGCUGUUGUAGCUGUUUUCAGCAUUGCAGAUUUGCUUAUGUUCUGCAAGAACAUCAGUUUCAGCAUCAUAUGGUAGCAUAGCCAUCCGCUCCCUCUUUCUGUUAAAGAUCAUUCGCUGGCAAUUCUAGUGACACGGUGCAACUCCAAAACUCUACUUUUGUGAUUUGAAGGUGAGCUGGUUCAUAGCUAGGAUUGAUUGUGAUGAUGGAACAGACUCGAUACAUGUAGGAUGUAGAACAAUACAAUAGAUCAAUAAGCAUGUUCUUCCAAGUGUUUUUUUCAAAAAAAAUAAUAAAAUUACAAUAAAGUGAGAUGGUAAAUAAAAUGUGGCAGAACCCGUUACAGCU